AUGUCUGAUGAAGACGAUGUGAUUGAGCAGCAACUUGAAGAGCUUGAUGAAAAGUCUGAAGAGUGCUUUCAGACUUGCCAGAUUCGGACUGCUAUUCGUAUUGCAAAGGAAGCAACUCGACUGGCCAAAAGCCAUUCGAAUGUCAUCCAUUACAUGCGCGGACUGUUCGAUCAGAUGCGUUUUGGACACGGCAUGCUCGAUCCACAGGCGACGCGAGAAGUCUCAGUCGAGCUUGUACUCUUGCUGGAAGACGAAGAGCAGGCCCGCCGCAUCCAGCCGAAUCUUGACGAAGGACACUACCACUGGCUCUGCUCCUGGAUGUCCACCUGUGCUUACGAUAAUCUCGCAGAGGCAACAGGCACCAUGUCCGGCUGCAAUUCCCAUGGCAUGCAUGAAUGCAUCAACGAUGGCCUCCAGAUCUGUCGCCAGACCGGAAAGAUGGAAUGCAUCAAAUGCUUUCGAGAAUAUGCUGCCGAUGUGUAUCUAGCUGCUGAUGAUUUCGACAUGGUUCGGCACCAGUGCCAAACGUUCCUCGAAUAUCACCCAGGUGGUAAUGACAACAAAGACCGUCGCUGGUCAGGCCACCAUAAAUUGGCCAAAUUGCAACUCCUGGAGGGGCGGGUCGAUUCAGCCAUUGAGGAUCUCAAGCAGGCCUAUGAACUCGCUGGUGCCGAAGAUGUCUAUCUAAAACUGCGUUCCAAGGCCAUCGUUGCGCUGACUCUGGAUGAAGCACUGAUUAUGGCAAGUCAGCCACGUUUCGAUUGGACCGAACUCAAUGAAAAGCUCCCCGAAUCAGGUGAGUGGCCCUUCUUUGAAGUGCAUCGUGAAAUGGUCGAGGCGCUCGCUCUGACUGUAGCAGAAGAUUAUGACUCUGCGAUCGAAAAGCUGACGCAACUUGAUCGACAGAUGACGGAACUCAAUUGCCGCAAGGAAUGGUUUGAAGUCCGACUCCGUUUGAUCGCUGCCUAUCUGCUGAAAGGUGAUCGACCUCGCGCAGAACGACUGGCCAAAGGUCUGGAAGCAAGUGCCGAUGAAGCCCAGGACUUUUUAACAAUGCGACGGCUCAAACAUUUGCUGUCCUCAACAGGUGAAGUCUCUCCCAUCGCUGCGAUUCAUGAGACUGCGUCGAUCACCUCAGCGAAUUCUGUAAACGGAGAAGAAUCCUCGAUAGAGAAUACUAAGGUCGAGGAAGAGUCAACACCGCUGGAAGACCAACUGAAUGAGUACAUGCAACGCAUCAUGGAGGUCUCUGGUGAUGAUGAAGCGCGGAUCGCACUUCUCGAUGAAUUCCUGGCAAACUCUCCUGAACAGAUCGAAAGCAGCAAGGACGCAGCCUACCUCGUUCACUUUAGCCAGUUUCUCGUCCGCGGGACCGAAGACGCCUUGAAAGUCUGGCCGUGGGCAGAGGAUAUGCUCAAGAAAUUCUCUGACGAUCCAAUUGUUGUAAGUGUUGUGGCGACAUUGGGGUAUUAUUUCAAAUCGGCAGAUGGGGCGAACUUUGAGUUCAUCUCACUCGAUCAACUCGAAAAAUGGUUUCGCCAGUCAACGAGCCCGCAAGUCGAGCAUGCCAAGAACUUCGCACGCGCCGGAUCAUUCUUUAUGGACGAAGGAGACUAUGGAGAAGCCGAACGGAAUUACUCACGGGCUUUUCGUCUCAAUCGAGUUGAUCCAUCGAUUGUGAUUCCACUGGCGGAUCUCUACCGUCAAUCGGACCGAGUGCGAGAUGGAUUGGCUGUCCUUGAUCUCAGUUUGCGUGAAGGGUGUGAUGAUCAAACCGUCGCGUGGGAAGCAGCCAUGACCGCCCUGCAACUCGAUCAGUUUGAUGCCGUGCAGACUUAUCUGGAUAAGUAUUUAGAACUGGGUAAGCCAGACGCCUGGGCGCACUACUUCAAAGCUCUGGCAGCCUACCAUCUCGAUCAGUUUGAAGAGUCCAUCAAGCAUCUCGACUUGGAACUAGAGUUUGAUUUGCCUGGUCACUUUCAUAUUCAACUCCUCAGAACCUGCAACCUGAUCGCUCUGGGUGACAAUGAGGCAGCACAAGCCAGUUUUGACGAUGUGCUGGCAACGCCACUGAGAGAGGUCGAUUACCUCUCCCUGAGCCAACUCGUCCGUAAUCUGGGCAUCCUUUGGAAUUCCGCACGCAGUACCGAGGAGUUCGCUGCACGCACCGAAAAACUGGAAGACAUCAUGCUGCGUGCCGGGUUGUUACCAGAUGAGUAUUUCGAAGCGCAGCGAGAAACAAAAGAAAUCGAAGAGGAGAUCUACCAUUUCGCAGUGCAG